AUGAACAUGGGAGAGGGGUCCGAGGAGAUAGACACGGCAGCCCCCAUGACCAUGGCAACCGGCCUCCUGCUCAUGGCCCUGUGCACCUACUGCAUUGUCCUUGCAGGCUCCAUGAUCAUCCCCUCUUCCUGCUGCAUAGCCUUCAUUUCCAAGAAAAUUCCUGAGAGACGAGUGAUAAACUACCAGCUGUCCAACAGGAGUGUCUGCCCCAAGGCAGGAGUGAUCUUCACCACCAGGAAGGGCCAGAGGUUCUGUGGCAACCCCAAGUUGCUGUGGGUCCAGAGGUACAUGAAGAACUUGGAUGCCAAGCAGAAGAAAGCGUCCACUAGGACCAGAGUGAUGGGUGCCAAAGUCACUGUCCAGAGGCACCCUGCCAACAGCACCUUCAACUAA